AUGAUUGCGGCGGGCCAAUGGGCGCUCGCCGGCGCCGCGCGGGGGGCGGGGCCCGGCCGGUGGGCGGGGCCUGGUGGGAGCCGGCCGGCCGCUGGCUGCGGCGAGUCUCGUGACCGCCGGCCCGCCGCGCCGCACGCAGAAUCUGUGUUGGCUCGCAGGAUAUUGUAUGGGAUGUUACGGCACGUUCGUACACAACGUACCAGUUGCGAUUGCUCACAAUAUUGCAGAAGACUGGUAAACUAUUUGAACAGAUCUGGGAUCUAUAUCACAGCUCGCCUCACCUGUUGCAGAGUGGAAUCACAGGCCAUCAAAUAUUUUCCAGUUCUUCUUCCUGAUUACCAAAGAAGGGAACACUCUUCCCGGCGGCCUCCCUAUUUGGGCAUUUCUAAAGUGGUGCGCAGAGGAAACUGUACUAAAUGCCGAGCCGUCGAUGUCGAGCGGUGUCCAGGCGACGAACUGGCUGUUACGAGAGUUCCACCAGGCUCUGUCUUCGACUUACGGGGCAUCACAUGAAUCUUGCUUUUUGGCUUAACCCUGUAAAACUCCUAGCCGAAUAAGGAAGAACUACUGUGCAUUUAGUAUUUCCAUACUAUGAAGUUGAAGUAUAAGGAUCUCAUUUCUUAAAUUUAUUUUGCGUCUCAUUAUUAUGUUUAUUUCAGCGCAAUACAGAACCUUUGGUUGGAACAUCCUCAAUUUUCUGUUUGUAUUAAAUGAGAUUACAAUUUUUGUAAACGUGUUGUUGUAUGUGAAUAAAUAUUCGCAACGUUUCGAAUAAAGUACAUAGCC